AUGCAGCGCCUCGGGGACACGCGCUUCGUGGGACUUCCAGAGGCCGGGACCCUCGGGCGCGCCAGCUGUUCUCAGGUACCCGCUUCGCUCCUCCUCCUCCCCUGCCUCCUGCCAUUUGCCCCGCCGGAGUUUCCUCGGCUUUCCAGACCCAGAUCCUCUGCAGGUUGAGGAGGAAAGGGACCGAGCCGCGGCGCUCUGACGGGUCACUUGCCGCGAAUGCCCCGCUUGACCCCGGUGGCGUGCCUUUAUUUUGACGCGAGCGAAAGUUAAAAACGGGCGGUAGAGAGAAGGGCUCCUGCCACCUGAGGCGAAAAUUAACACACAUGAACCCGGGAAAGUCUCGGCUCAGCAGCCCAGGCGCCUUUUUCAUAUUCUCGCGCUUGGAGGGACGGCGUCUUCUUCGAACCUCGCUGCUGGUCUCACUCGCCCCUGACGCGCAGCGAAAGAUGCUUCUGCCUUUCGUCUCUUGCAUUUAUUAACUCCGCAAUAGGCUUCUGAAGCUGGGCUUGUUUAAGUUAGACUCCCCAUAACUUUCCCCCUUUCCUGUAAGGCUAUUUAACCCCACGAAUAUUCUGCCUUUCAUAUUUACAAGCGAAAGUUACAAAUAACUAUGGGUGUGUGCCAGCCAGCCAGCCAGCCAGCCAUGCACGCCCUCUUCCAGCACACUCCCUUCCGCCCCAUUCUUCCAUUCUUUCUCCCGCCCGUUUUUCUCUGUACUUUAAAACAGUCAGCCAGCACUGAAGGUAAUAUAAUGGUGGGGGGCGGCAGUGCCUAAUGGUAAUGCCGGCUAAGUUUAGCAUGAAACAGCUGGAACUGGUGGUGAGGAAAGGCAGUCAAAGGCAAAAGGUAAAUAGCAGCCUGUCUUCCCAUCCCAUUGGCCAGUGACUUCUCCGCCUCUAGCAGUCAGAGGUGUACCUAGGGUCCCUUGCACUCUUGGCAAAGAGCGGCAUUGUUGCCCCCCCCCCCAAUCAGUUUAUUGCAAUAGCCACAUUAGAAAUUAUAUUUUACAGGACCCAAAUACUCAAAAGCGUCUGGAGUGAGGGCAAGGUGAGAAGGAAGGGCAGAAAAAUUCACACGCCUUUGUGCCGUUUGAUGUCGCCGCAGCAGAGGCAGCAUGUCAUCAUACACAUAAAUAUCAUACAUUCCAUAGUCUGAUAGUUGAUUUUUGGUGGUGGUGGGGAAGCAGUUUCGCCAACUCCUCGGUACACCUCUGCUAGAAGUGCAUCCUCUUCUGAGCUUUGCUGCUUUGCAGGGGCAAGGGGACUGGGUGGGUAGUGUAUAAGCAGGAGAAGGUGGUGGCUCUCUUGUCCACCCUACCUGGGCCUGUGUGCUAGCUGUUAAGCACAAGUGGCCCUCUCAUGUCUGUUUGCUCUUUGUGGGCAGUGCACUGUAGCAGAGUGCUGGCCACAGAAGGAGCAGCCACUUCUCCUCACUCAAUCACUUGCACUCUGGAUAUAGUGGGGUUGUGACAGGGCCCAAUGAAUUUAUGCAACGUAAAACAUUUGAAAGUCCAUUUUUUCUUGCGUAGUCUUAGUUUGGGUGUGGCCAUAGGGGUAUGGCUAAGGGGACUGUUGCGCUGAACUCAAGCACUUCUAAAUUUACUACUACAUCAUUGUGUGUUUUCAUUGCUGGUAUUUUAAGUUGUAAUCCACCUUGAAAUGGUAUAUAAAUGCAGUAGACAAUUUCACAUGCAACAAGGCCUACUUAUCUGUAAUAUCAGCAGGUGCCUGUUUCCACCAGCAUAUUCUUGAUAGCAGCCAUGGGGGGGGGACUGCUGCUCCUGUUAUAGAAGUUAUGAUCAUGAUCAACUGAUUGACAUAUGAGGUGGUUAGAUGUUAUUGAACUACAACCCCCACCAGCCCUCAGCCAGCAUGGCUAAUGGUCAGCAGUGAUGGGAGUUGUAUUUCUAGCACCUUUGGAGGACCAGUUUACCCCCUCCCAACAUACAUACAUUAACUUUUUUUAUGUCAUGAUAUGUUUCUCUAUGUAAGUGUUGAUAUAUGUAUGGCUCAGAAAGGCUUGGUGUGUACACAGAACAAAGUGUUGUAGGAACAAACUCCUAGAGUACACCAUGAAGGUGUAACCCCACCCAUCUUAACAGAUGGUAAAGCAUUACUUUUGUUUACCUCUUCCUGUCUUUGUGUAACCACAGCAAUCUAUUUUGACCAUUAGCCAAUGUAAAUUUUUAGCAGCUACAUGAGGGAAAUCAACAUGGAUGCUUCCAGAUAAGCUUGUUUGGUGGAGGCUGGUCCAUUAGGACAGGUGGGACAUUGCCCACUUUAAUAAUUAGGUUUGUACAAUUACUGGUGCUCAUGUUAAGGGCCGGCUCACACGUGAGGCAGACUGAAGCAACUGCUUCAGGUGACAGGAUCUCACGGGAUGACACUCCUAUGGGCUGCCGCCAGGGUUGCGUGGUGGCAGUUUCUGGUGAGAACUUGCAGAAUCUCAUGAGAGUUCUAUGAGAUAUUAUCAGAGGCUGCUGCUACAGUGUAAGUGAGGCUUCGGUGGAGUGGGGACAACUUCUCAUUUCAUUUCAGGCAGUGAAAUGGGAUGGGCUACCCCUGCUCAUUUUAUUUAUUUAAAAACAAAUUUCCAAGUUUCCCAAAUUAAUGCUUUCUUUCCUUUUAACUCUUACCUUGAGUUCUUCACAUGAUUUAGGGUUGGCAUUAGGGGAGAGCAGCGCUCUUUUGUGUUUAAUAGCUGUGGGGCAGGCAUAAAUAAUUAUGCAAAAAGAAGUGCAUUUGGAUGAACUUGAACUGAACAUAGGUCCAUUAUUUUUAAUAGGUUUACCCUGAGUAAAGUUUAGUUGAAUCUCACCCUAGACUUAGAGUAAAGACGACACCCUUUUAUGCAUGUAGUUGUGGUGUGAACACCUCUUUAUCGAGAAACAGAUUGGUUCUAGUCAAUUCCCCUUUAAUGUCUUACAACUGUACUUAUAAUACAACCAGUAGUUUAUUUUCAUUUGCAUAUGUGGCUAUACGUACAGAAUUAGAGCAGAAUAGUAUAAACCACUUCUACCAUUCCUCAGGGAUUUCUUUCACUACAGCUCGUUAACGUUCACUUUUUACCAGUGGGGUAAGCAGCCAUUCAUUGCUAGUAAUUUUCCAGCUUUGGCACUAUAGUUAAUUGUUAAACUAUUAAAUUGUAGAUUGUGAUUUAUAAUGUCCAUAAUGGCAACAAUCUCUAAGCAUUCACUCUGUUCUGUCACUGGAAACAUACCCUAAUCUCUUGCAGCAUAAAAUACAGUACAAUGACUUGUAAUGACACACAUAUCUUAUUACCUGCUGGUAAUAAGCUAUCAACAAGGAUGACAGUUUAAUUAUAUAGUACAUCUCCUGCUGGCAAAUGACUAGCUCCCAAAUAUUUCUGCUGCUCUUCACCAUUUUUUUAAAGAAAACGUGACUCAAAACUCUGGGUGCCUUAAAUUGAAUUUUUACUUAAUAUGUUGAUGAUGGGUAACACUAGUUUCAAACCACUUCACUGGUGUUUUUAGUUAUUCAAAAUAUUUAUAUACUGCAUUUUAUUAAAACAUCUCAAGGCAGUUUACACACACACACACACACACACACACACACACAACACACAGUCUAGCAAUGUUAAUAGCCAGUACAGAAUUUAAUUUAAAAUGUUAUGACAACUGGUUAGCAUGGUCUUAGUUGUAUAAGCACCAGUAGGUGGUGUUGUGUUAGGGAGGUUAGAGGUGGAAGUUAGAAUUCUUUUACCUCUCCCAACAUAGUUUCUCGGCUGUUAUUCCUAUGUGGUGUCAGAGUAGAGAUGAUCCAUAGUGUUCUGACAGUCUCACAAAACAGAAAGUAGGGCACAGGUUUCCAUUCAAGGCAUUCUAGGAAUUCCCAGUUCCUGCAGUCAGUAUUUAUUAUUGUUGUUACAUUAACAGACAGAGGAGAGCCCUGGAAUUGAGAGAGCCUGCAGGAAGAAAGCACAACUUCUGCAGAAAAGAAGAGUUGUGUGA